GUGAGUUUAACGUUGACAAGUGUUGUUCUGGCGGUUGACGUCCUGUUAAGAACAUAACAAUUGAACACGGACGUAUACUUAAACUCCUAUAGCUCGAUAGGGAAAAUCAACAUCGUGGAAAAUGAUACGAAGGAGACAGUCGAUGGCUGCCGAAGGCCAAGUCAACGCAGCUUUCGAGCCGGAUGUGCCCGAAACGCGGCAGACUACCGUCACCUUCACCGGUCUAUCGGCAAAAGCACUUUCAGCUAAACCGUUCACCCCCCUGAAAAAGAAAAGCUCUCUGCUCAGCUUGUGGAGCAAUGACAGCCGCGAUGAGAAGCUUAAAAGUUUGAAACAAGAACUAGAAAUGGACGAGCAUAAAUUACCACUACCUACUUUAUUCGCUCGGCUCAAUACGGAUCCAAUCAUGGGAGUUACACACCAACAAGCUCGAGAUAAAUUACUCAAAGAUGGACCCAAUAGUUUGAAACCGAUCGAAGGCGAACCGGAAUGGAAAAAGUUUUUGGGAAAACUGCUGGGUGGUUUUCACAUUCUUCUCUGGUUUGGUGCCAUCCUCUGUCUGGUCGCCUUUUUUAUGGAGUACACCACGUCGACAGAGCCAUCACACGAUAACAUGUGGCUGGCAAUCAUUUUGGUCAUCUUAGUGACUGGAACGAGUGUAUUCGCUUAUUACCAAGAACGAAAGAGCACAAAUAUCAUGGAUUCUUUCAAAGGCAUGAUUCCGCAGUUUGCUGAAGUUACGAGAGAAGGACAGAAGAUGACGGUUAAAGUGGAAGAAUUAGUAAUGGGCGACCUUCUCGACGUGAAAUUCGGAGAUCGACUUCCUGCCGACAUGCUCAUCCUUUCUUGUAGUAGUUUUAAAGUGGACAACUCGUCUUUGACGGGCGAAUCAGAGCCUCAAACCCGUUCGCCCGAAUGCACUCACAACAACCCAUUGGAGACUAAAAAUCUCGCAUUUUUCUCAUCCAGCGCUGUUGAAGGUGUGGCACGUGGUGUAGUCGUUAGGAUUGGCGAUAAAACGGUGAUGGGCCGAAUCGCUUCAUUGACUUCAGGUGUCGAUUCCGGACCAACUCCGAUGGCUCGUGAGAUUCAAGAGUUUAUCCAUUUGGUUUCGUUCAUCGCUAUAUUUACGGGCGUUGUCAUCUUCUCCGUUGCUAUGGUUCUUGGCUACAGCUGGAUUAAUUCCCUUAUUUUUCUGAUCGGAAUCGUCAUGUCUUAUGUGCCACAAGGACUCGUUCCAACCGUAGCGAUUUUGCUGACUUUGACGGCCAAAAGGAUGGCAAAGAGGAACUGUUUAGUUAAAAAUUUAGAAGCGGUCGAAACACUUGGCUCCACGUCGACAAUCUGCUCGGAUAAAACGGGCACACUCACGCAAAAUCGAAUGACUGUGGCGCACACCUGGUUUGACGACACGAUACGACAGAUGGAUACCAGCGAAUCGCAAACAAGUGAUGUGCUGUUUGAUAAUUCCUUGCCGGGAUGGAAAAUUCUCAGCCGGGUGGCCAAAUUGUGCAGUCGUGCCGAGUUCGUUGCUGGACAAGAAGAUCAACCUAUCCUUAAAAGAGAUGCAAAGGGAGACGCAUCCGAGAUAGCUAUUUUGAAAUGCGUGGAACUGGUAGACGGCCAUGUCGUCGAGUAUCGACAAGAAUUCCCCACCGUUAGCGAAAUCCCUUUCAAUUCGACUAACAAGUAUCAGGUGUCCAUUCAUCGGAUGGCUGAUAAUGAGAGCUCCAAUUACUUGCUCGUCAUGAAGGGAGCUGCUGAAAAGAUCAGCGCUUUGUGUUCCACUAUUUUGGUGGAUGGCGAUGAAAUUCCGUUGGACGAUGAUUGGAGGAAACGAAUCGAUGCGGCUUACUUGAAACUAGGCAGCCUGGGAGAACGUGUCAUUGGUUUUUGUGAUUUCUUGCUACCAGCGUCGGAUUAUCCUGAAGGGUUCCAGUUUAACACGGAAAACAUCAAUUUCCCGCUAAAGAAUUUAAGAUUCGUUGGCUUGAUGUCGAUGAUAGAUCCCCCUCGAGCUGCCGUUCCCGAUGCUGUCCGUCUCUGUCGAUCGGCUGGCAUUCGAGUUGUCAUGGUUACUGGUGACCAUCCCAUUACGGCAAAGGCAAUUGCAAGAUCAGUUGGAAUCAUCUCCCCAGGAAACGAAACAAUUGAAGAAAUCGCAGAGCGGCUUAAAGUGCCAACGCGUGAUCUCGAUCCCAAAAUGGCUAAAGCCAUCGUGAUUCACGGCGCAGAUCUUAACGAGUUCGAUCAGGAUCAAUUGGAUAACGUGUUGAGAUAUUACCCGGAGAUCGUAUUUGCACGCACCUCACCCCAACAGAAAUUAAUUAUUGUCGAAGGCUUCCAGCGUCUCGGAUCGAUUGUGGCUGUCACCGGAGAUGGCGUGAACGAUUCUCCAGCUUUAAAAAGAGCUGAUAUCGGCAUUGCUAUGGGCAUUACAGGAUCCGACGUAUCGAAACAGGCAGCGGAUAUGAUCCUACUGGACGACAAUUUCGCAUCCAUAGUUACAGGAGUUGAACAGGGUCGUUUGGUAUUUGACAACCUGAAAAAAUCAAUAGCGUACACGAUGAUAACCAAAAUUCCAGAGGCCGCCGCCUUUGUGGUAUUCAUUCUAGCUGAUAUUCCUCUGAUGCUUGGCGCUAUUCCAAUCUUGUGUAUCGAUCUUGGCUCUGAUCUGUUCCCCGCUAUUACGUUCGCCUACGAGAGACCUGAAAAUGACAUCAUGGAAUGCCCACCAAGAAAUAUCUACAAAGACAAGCUCGUUGGUUCAAAAUUGCUGGAAAUUGCAUUCUGGCAGACCGGCAUUAUUGAAAGUUUCGGUUGCUUCUUUGCCAUGUUCGUCAUCCUCGGCGAGAACGGCUUCCUGCCUUACGAUUUGUUGGGAAUCCGAGCUCAAUGGGAUUCGAAAGCUAUCAACGAUCUUCGAGACUCUUACGGCCAAGAAUGGACGUACGAUGCUCGAAAGGAACUGGAGAAAACUUGCUACGCUGCCUACUUUGCAAACAUAGUGGUGCAACAAUGGAGUUCUGUCUUGACUAGGAAAACGAGAAGGGCGUCAACAUUUCAACAUGGAUUCGCAAACAAGUUGAUGAAUUUCGCCCUCCUUUUCGAGACGUGCAUUGCAUCUUUUUUCAUUUACACACCUGGUUUAAAUACCAUCAUCCAACUACGUCCGAUUCGUAUUACUUGGUGGUUACCAUCAAUCCCUUUCUCAAUCGUCAUUUUUCUUCACGAGGAAGUGAGAAAGUGGUGGAUUCGAAGAUUCCCGGACGGUUGGUGCUCGCGAGAAGUUUAUUAUUAAUAGUAUAGCACCCGCUUUUUUUCCUUUCUAGUACUGCUGUUUAAAUAUCAUUAUUACUGUUUGCGAGUGAACAUAACAAAAUACACGUACAUUGCCUUUUAA